AUGUCGUCUUCCAUUUUUUUACCAGACAUCUCGUUAAAACGGGCGUAUAAAGAAGCCGAUAAGGCAUACGAUUACGCCCUCGUUCUCCUUGCUUUCGAAAGAAGGCCUCCCCUCCCCCCCCAAGUACCUCCUCUGGGCCCUCUUCUACCCCAAGAAGAACCCUUCGACGAGGAGAUAUGCCCAAGCUACAAUCCCAAAAAGUUAUACCCGGCAAAACCUGGAGAGGUGCUCGCCAAUCGCUAUCAAAUCCUUGUAAAAGAUUUGAAGCUUGGGGAUAUUAUGGUCACAUUCGAAGACCCGGCUUCCGCAAGACUUGAUGACCAGGACGAUUGGGGGAUCUACCCCAUUCGGCCCGAUCACUAUCACGCGCCAGAGGAUAUCAUCCAAGGCAAAGAACUGUUCCGCCAGGUUUACGAUGCACAAGGCCAUUUUGAUGCUAAAGCGCAUCUGGCAGAAAUGAUAGCCUUACUGGGUCCACCCCACCCCAGAGCUGGUGGCAAGAUCCCACUCGAUGCUGGGCAGAUUCGCUCCGGCGCCUGGGAAAAGCGCGAGUGUAACGCCUUUGUACAGAUUAUACCAGAAACCAAUACCAAGACUCUUUUCGGACAUUACACCCCUUGGAGCGUGGAAAGUGCCCUUCCCGACUCCCUCCCACCUCGCUUAUUGCACCGAUUGGAUGGACGCACCGUACCAGCCAUCAAAGCUAAAGGGAACGACCUGGGCAUAAGAAUCUGGUCGCUUAGGGAACCGACCUUCCCCAAGGUCAGUGCCCAACCAGCGAUGCUCUCGUCAAUGUCCAAAAACCGCGAGCUAUCCGUUUUGACACUGUACUAUCUUGCUUGGAGGCCACCGCGGAGAAGAGCUCUAUUAGCAGUACUCCGUAGUCGUAGUGCUGAUAGCGCGAAGGGCCGGAUCAUCGCUGCCAAGAGGCCGAGAGCAGGAGAUCUGCGAGAACUCCACGCCAUACGCCGUAAUACGCAGUCGAGACGAAGAGAGUUCCCAGAAUCCCAGCUUCCGGGGCCUCCACCUGACGCUGCGACGACUGGACGCUCUGGUGCCACUGCCCAUGCCCAGUGCCCAGUGCCCAAUGUCCAAUGCCCAUGCUGCAGCGGGCCAUGGAACUUGGUUGUGUUUCGGGCCGCGGGGAUGUAUGAUUGA